AUGCUGGUUGUCUUUCUGCUCGUCGUUUGUCUCGGUGAGACCGAGUCCGCUGUGGACUCGUACGUGGCUGCCGUGUACGAGCACAGAGUCAUCCUGAACCCGAACCCUCGCGUCCCGGUGUCCCGUCACGAAGCCCUGAUCCACAUGCAGAAGAACCUGGAUAUCUACGAACAGCAGGCUGCUAAAGCGGCACAGCAGAAAGCCAAGAUACUUGUGUUUCCAGAAGAUGGUAUUCACGGUUUUAACUUCACCCGUUCAUCCAUUUCCGGAUACAUGGAAACCAUUCCUGACCCUCAGGAGGAGAGCUGGAACCCCUGCACCGAGCCUGACAAACACAACAACACUGAGGUUCUCCAGCGACUGAGCUGCAUGGCCCGUCGCAACAACCUCUACCUGGUGGCAAACAUGCCUGAUCUGCAACCCUGUCCCUUGAAGACAGCCCCGUCCACAUGCCCCCCUGAUGGACGCUGGCAGUUUAACACCAAUGUGGCUUUCAAUUCUGAUGGUCUCCUGGUGGCACGUUACCAUAAAYAKAACCUCUUYYAYGAAGAAUCCUUUGACACGCCUCCAAAGCUUGAACUUGUCACAUUUGAUACACCCUUUGCUGGGAAGUUUGGUCUCAUCAUCUGCUUUGACAUCCUAUUCCACGAUCCYRCAGUAGYCCUGGUGAAAAUGGGUGUGCGUCAGCUGGUUUUCCCCACAGCGUGGAUAAAUUCUCUUCCCUUGUUGGAUUCAAUCCAGUUUCACAGGGCCUUCAGUCUGGGGGCCAAUGUUACAGUUCUGUCUUCAAACCUUCGUAAYGACSAGCWYAKKAUGACAGGAAGUGGUAUCUACACCCCAUUUUCUGCUACCUUCCACCACGCCGUGAAGGGAGACCCAGAGGAGGGUYGGCUGCUUGUGGCCACAGUCCCAGUCUUGGGUCCAGUUGGGGUGAACGAUGUGGCUGAAUCAUUGUCACCUGUGGCUGCAGAGACUGAUCACUGCCACACAGAUGGCUGUGCUGAUCCUCCUUCACCUGGUUCAUCCUUCACUGGAACCAUGGCGCAUGACCUAUAUAAGUUUGUCCUUUUAAAUGAGACGCAGGGCAACCUCAGAGUGUGUGACAGUACAUUCUGCUGCCACCUCCAGUACAAGUGGACAACACAUGACAAAAGCAAGGAAUUAUAUGCAUUGGGAGCAUUUGCAGGAAUGCACAACGGAAGUAUACGUUAUGCCGUGCAGGUAGGCAUGGUGGUAUAUCAAAAAAUUAGAGUAUCACUCCAAUCUUAUAUGGGUUCAUUGCACUCAUAG